AUGGCUGCUGCAACCCUUGGUGUUGCGGCUCCGGCUUCGGCGGCUGCGGCGUCGGUGGUGGCGGUGGCUGCAACGACGACGGUGGCGUCGGCGGCAACGGUGGCUGCAGCAGUGGCGAUUGCGGCAGAGACUGUGAUCCCCCGACGGCAUCGCGUCUCCCAGGCGGAUCCGCCCGUGGCCCUGCGUUUCCCGCCGCACGCUGCGGAAGCCAUAGAGCAGAUGGAGCCAGCUGAGGCGCAGCGCAAUACUCGCUUCGAAAUAGAGGAACUGUUUAUCCACGCCAAGGUUUGCGUUCAGGAGCAACUUGGACCAGACGCUAACAGCACCGGCAUUCAUGAAUCUACGGUUAAUUUUGGGCACACAUCUGCAGUUAAGCUCCCGCGCUUAUCAUUGCCGACAUUUGACGGCAAAUACUGCGAGUACCAAAACUUUAUCUUGUCGUUUAACCAAGUUAUUGGCCACCAGCCAUCCAUGUCUAAGAUCGAGAAGUUCAACCAGUUGUUAAACUGUCUUCGAGGACCAGCCCUUGAAACGGUUCGAGCUUUCCAGGUGACCGCAGACAACUACACAAAGGCUCUGGACCGCUUAAAGCAGCGCUAUGACAACCCGACUCUCGUAUUUUUGGAUAACAUAUCGUCACUCUUCGCAUUGCCAACUGUCGCCAAGUCAAAUGGUCAGCAGUUGCGCAGCCUAAUCGAUAAUGCAUCCGCAUUAUACAACUCGUUGCGUUCGUUGAGCACCGAGCCACAGAUUUGCGAGGCCAUGCUCAUCUCCAUAGUUAUGGGCAAAGUGGACCAGAAGACUAAGAGGAAGUGGAAUGAGUCGCUGGACUACACUACGUUGCCUUCGUGGGACAAAUGCGUUGGAGUCGUUGAACGUCAUUGUCAAUAUUUGGAAUCGGAUAAGAAGCCUCCUGCUGAAGCCCCUAUGAGUCAACCAGGUGGCCAUAGGUCGCGCUCGCAGAGGAAUCAGGCAAGUCUGUCCUUCAAUUGCACCACACAAACUUGUAACAUCUGUUCACAGACAGACCACAAGACCUUUAGAUGCCCAGAACUAAUCAAUCUCGCCUUAGAUAAUCGCCUUAAUGCAGUAAAGCGCCACAAGCUAUGCAUUAAUUGCCUUGGCAGGGGUCAUCUUGUAGCCAACUGCCCGUCGACGCGGAGGUGCCACUCAUGUGCACUACCGCAUCACUCGCUGCUUCAUCGGCCAUCGCCAGGAUCGGCCGCAGCUCCCUUGCUACUCCCUCAAGCGGAGCCUGUACAAGUUUCGGACGCAGUCGCGCAUACUCACACGGAGUCUCGUUCCGACUGUGUCAUUCUGGCCACGGCACUGAUUCUGGUCAAGGAUGCAGCUGGAAGCUACAAAAUAGGAAGAGCGCUUCUGGAUUCAUGUUCUCAGGUGAAUUUCAUAUCCGAGGAGUUUGCUCAAAGACUUCGACUGCCACGGAGCAAGCUCAACCUCGAGAUUCGUAGCAUUGGUGAGACACAAACGCGAAUUAAACACCAUGCAACCACCAAUAUCAAGUCGAGGCACAAUGGAUUCGAGUUGCUCCUUGAUUUUUGCGUGACAUCCCACAUUGCCUAUCAUCCAGAAUCGGAAAUUGACAUUUCUGCGUGGAACUUUCCGCAGCACUCAUCUCUUGCUGACGAGAGCUUUAACAAGUCUCGUCGGAUCGAUCUGCUUUUGGGGACGGAAACCUUCUUCGAUAUAUUGGCAGUCGGCCAAGUUAAAUUAGGAAAGGAUCUGCCCGUACUUCAAAAAACACUACUUGGAUGGAUAGUGUCUGGUCGAUGUCGAGCUCAUCCCAGAACACUCCAUCAGUACUCAUCUAUCGCAUUAACAGAAAUUGACCAAAAAAUGGAACGGCUAUGGCGCAUCGAUCAUGUGGAGCCUCCUGAGAUCACACUUACGCCAGAGCAGCGAAACUGUGAGGAGUUCUACACCAAAACGGUACGACGUAAUUCAGAUGGUCGAUUGGAAGUACGACUUCCAUUUAAAGAUGAACCUACCGUUCUCGGAGCCUCAUUCGACAUUGCCAAAAGGAGAUUCCUCUCCCUCGAACGCAGCCUAUGCAAAAGGCCUGAGAUAGGGGCCAAAUAUGUUGAAUUUAUGCAGGAGUUUCAAAAUCUGGGACACAUGAGUCCCGUGAGCCAUCCACAGUUAAACACUCCGCAUUAUUAUAUUCCGCACCACUGCGUGCUCAAGCCUAAUAGCACAUCAACAAAGCUCAGAGUGGUUUUCGACGCAUCCUGCAAGACGACGUCCCAGAAAUCGCUCAACGACAUUCUGAUGGUCGGGCCGACCAUUCAGCCAGAUCUUUAUACACUACUCCUGCGUUUUCGGAUACAUCGCUAUGCCAUCACUGCUGAUGUGGUCAAGAUGUUCCGCCAAGUCAACAUGUUUGCCGAGGAUCGCAGAUUCCAAUACAUUCUUUGGAGAGCGUCGCCAUCGCAACCAUUGAGCACCUUCGAAUUGAAUACUGUAACUUAUGGCACAGCGGCUGCACCGUAUCUAGCCAUACGCAGUUUGUCAUAUCUAGCCGACAAAUUCAUGGACAAAUUGGAGAUUGGAGCUAAAGCCAUCAAAUCGUCUUUCUAUGUGGAUGACUUCCUAGGUGGAGCGGAUACGGUAGAGGAGCUACAUCAAAUCAAAAGGGAAGUUACAGCGAUUCUACAGGAUGGCCAAUUGGAACUCGCAAAAUGGCAUUCAAAUCACUGCAAGUUUGUCGAUGACGCUACAGUCAAACAUUUGCAGUUGGACGACGAAAUGCUAACCAGCACGCUUGGCCUAAAAUGGGACCAAGUACGGGACACAUUCAUGUUCUCGUUCUCGCCAAGAUUCGAUUCGGACCACGUCACCAAGCGCUCGAUUUUGUCCAUAGCCCCUUCGCUGUUUGAUCCGUUGGGAUUAGUUACUCCCAUUAUCAUAGUGGCAAAAAUUAUCCUCCAGGAGCUGUGGCUCCUAAAACUACAUUGGGACGAGUCAGUACCCCAAGGCAUUCAUACAGCUUGGAUGUCCCUGCUUGCAUCGCUUUCGUCGUUGGAGUCUGUAGCAAUACCACGAUAUUGCCUCCAAUCAGCGAUACAUACCUUUCAAAUACACGGCUUUUGUGACGCCUCCAUUCGAGCGUAUGGAUGCUGCAUCUACGCUCGCACAAUCGGAUCAGAUGGGCUGACCAAGGGGCUGCACUAUCACCGAGUUGGAACAAUCGAUAUGUUCGAGGGACCUGAGUUCCUAGGCCAAGAUCAUCAACAUCGGCCAAAGGACAGUCGAGACCACAGUGAUAUUGAUAUGGAAACUGUCCAACUGGAGAAGAGAAAAUCAGCCUUUGCGGUACACACGACUAGUAAUCAACUGCUUGAAGGAACCUACAAGAUCAGUUCGCAUUAUCGCUGCCUACUAGUUAUCGCUUGGAUGUACAGAUUUACUCAGCGCUGCCGUAAACUAACGCCAUUCCAAUCACCUUCGCCGACGCCAGCAGAACUGAUGCGGGCGCUACAUUGCAUCGUCUGGAAUAUUCAAACUAUUCACUUCGCUCAAGAGAUGUCCUCGGUCCUGAAGGGCCAUCCGAUUCGCACUAACCUUAAAAAUCUUAGUCUCUUCCUCCAGGUUACAGAUGGCUUCCAAAUUCUAAAGGUCGGAGGGCGCCUGGAGCUAGCAGACUACCCAAAAACCCAAAAGCAUCCUGUGCUGCUCCCAGCUAAGGAUCCAUUUGUGUCACAGUUCGCUCGCCAUCUUCAUCUACAGAACUAUCACGCCGGGCCACGGACGCUCGUCGCUUUAAUUAGAAAACAGUUCUGGAUAGUGAAUGCAAGGGACUUGGCGCGACAAGUCGUUCGCUCAUGUAUACAUUGUCGCCGCUAUCGACCAACUCUCGAAAGGCAGCUAAUGGGCCAACUGCCUAAAGAGCGGAUCACACCAUCUAGACCAUUUUCAAGAUGCGGAAUAGACUUUUGCGGACCAAUCAACGUCUAUUUGCGCAUCCGGGGUAAGCCGCCUACCAAGGCCUACCUAGCCGUCUUCGUUUGCUUUGCCACGAAGGCGAUACAUGUCGAAGUGGUAUCGGAUCUCACGACGGAUAGCUUCAUUGCAUCACUAAAGCGUUUUAUUGCCCGACGCGGACUUCCCUCGGACAUAUUCUGUGACAACGCUACAAAUUUCGCAGGAGCUAACAACAAGCUCGAAUCGUUGAAGCAGUUUCUGUUUAAAGACGAAACAACAAGAACAAUCCACUAUUUCUGUCGCUCAGAGUUUAUUAACUUCCACUUUAUUCCACCCAGGGCUCCACACUUCGGGGGCAUAUGGGAAGCUGCAGUAAAAAGUGUCAAGGGACUACUCAAUCGCACUCUUCGAGACACAAGGUUAACCUUCGAGGAGUUAGCCACUGCAGCUGCUGACGUCGAGGCGAUACUGAACUCUCGCCCGUUAACGCCGCUCUCAUCAGACCCGAACGACCUGGCCGCUCUCACGCCUGGCCACUUCUUAGUGGGUGACGCACUCCGAGCACUACCGGAACUUCCACCAAUCGACGACAACCUGGACAAGUUGGAUCGAUGGAAAAGGGUCAGCGCACUCAAACAUCACAUCUGGAGUCGCUGGAGCCACGAGUACAUCAACGAGCUCCAAGUUCGCACAACCUGGACGAAGACUUCACCAAAUUUGGCUGUCAACGACAUGGUAAUCGUUCACGAGGAUAAUCUUCCUCCACAACGGAUAGACGAUAUACUCGAUCAAUUCGGAACACCAGAGCAAUGCCACCGGCUUGUAGAGCAAAUAUUGGAGGCCUUCGAAAGGAAGCAAUACUGCUGCGCCGUCAUGCUGGAUGUCAAACAGGCCUUCGACAAAGUCUGGCACCCUGGUCUCCACUACAAGAUCAAGUCGCACCUUCCCGGAUCCCACUUCGCCUUCCUCAAAUCCUUCACCGAGGGUAGAGAGUUCCAAGUUCGCUGCGGAACAGCGACCAGCACGCCUAGGCCGAUAAGAGCCGGAGUACCCCAAGGCAGCGUUCUUGGACCAAUACUGUACACACUCUACACAGCAGACCUUCCUAUCACACCCUCCCGAAGCCUAACAGUGGCCACAUACGCCGAUGACACCGCCUUCCUAGCCUCCGCCUCAGACCCCCAAGAAGCAUCAGCCAUCAUUCAAAGCCAGCUGGAUGCCCUCGACCCAUGGUUGAAGCGAUGGAACAUUGCCGUGAACGCAGACAAAUCCACCCAAACUACUUUCUCCCUGCGCAGAGGAGACUUCCCCCCAGUCACGCUCAACGGGGAAACUAUUCCAUCUUCAAGCACCCCGAAAUACCUCGGAUUGACGCUAGACCGGAGGCUCACUUGGCGCCCCCACCUAAUCGCCAAACGACACCAGGCCGACCUGCGCCUCAAGCAACUCCAUUGGCUCAUCGGGAAAAGGUCCAAACUUAGGGAGAACCUAAAACUCCUCCUGUACAAGGCCAUCCUGAAGCCAAUUUGGACUUAUGGGAUUCAGUUGUGGGGCACUGCAAGCGUCUCUAACCGAAUCCGCAUACAACGCUUUCAAAACAAGUGCCUAAGGCUAAUCUCUGACGCUCACCCAUACCACGAGAACUCGACAAUCCAUAAGGAGCUAGGAAUACCGUGGGUAGCAGAGGAAAUCUCCCGAUUCAGUGCGAGAUACGCCAAGCGUCUAGACAACCACCCAAACCAUCUGGCUAUCAACCUCCUGGACAAUAGUGAAACCACCAGGCGCCUCCAGAGGAAACACCCGCUUGAUCUCCCCCACUUAUAA